UUUUCAAGUUGAUUAUUUUUUAUCCAAACUUAUUCUAAACGAUCUGUGUUUUUAAAAUUGCUGAAAAUGCACAUGACUGAUGUUAGAAACCUCAGUCCUACUUUAAGCACUGCAUUUGUUCCUGAUGUCUGCUACAAUUGGGUUAACAUAACUGACGAAUUCUUUAAAAACAUAAAAGAACUACAACUUGGAGAAUUACUUCAUGAUGAUUUGUUUGGUUUAUUUGAAGCUAUGUCAGCCAUAGAAAUGAUGGACCCUAAAAUGGAUGCUGGAAUGCUUUGUAAUAGAGGUAAUAAAGCUCCCUUAACUCUCACUCAGGCUAUUGAGAAAAACAUUCUUCAGGUAGAAGACAUACCGUAUAAUGAUCAAAUAGCAAUAAUUGAUACAACUUGGGCUUGCAUAGUUUCCUGGCUAGAUGGACAUUCACUUGUUCAAACUGUCUUUACAAAUCUUUACCUUCAUAAUCCUCAUGUAAUUCAAGAUAGACCAUUGAAAUCUUUUUGCAUAGCUGUUUAUAAAUUGAUAGAUAUCAUCAAGGAGUUUGUUAGUAGGGGAUUGGUUUUUGAAGAAGAGGACUUUCAACCCAUGGGAUAUGGGUAUAGAUUAAAUCCUGAUGUUUCUGAAACUAGAACAUUAGGAAUGUUGAAAGAAGUUGAAGAAGAAUUAAACAGAAAGAGACGUACAACUUUUGUUGAUGUUGAUACUGACUUUGUUUCUGCAUUAACUGUGCGCAUAAGGUUUACCAGAUUGUUGUUACAAGCUUUUAUGGGGUUGAGUAAGAAAGAUAUAAAUCCUAAUACAGUAUUAGAGAGUACUAAAUUGCUUAUUACUUGUUCUGAUUCAAUAGCAUUUAUCAUUACAUCUGUUAACAAGGGUUCUCCUCCAGCUUAUAUAUCAGAAGUUCACGGACCUGUCACAAUUGGGUUUGAUCCUCUUGUUAAUCAAAGACUGUUGCCACCAACAUUUCCUCGUUAUACUCAUAUCAAAUCACCUGUCGAAUCAUAUAGAAGGCUUGAUGAUUUAUUAUGUAGACUUCGUCAAAUAACCAAAAUAGUAUCCUAUACUUCUUUUCAUUUGGCAUUAGAAUUAAUGCUUGAAGUUAGCAGCUCAAAGCCUUGUAUUGUAACAAGAAGUGUUAUGCAAUUACUGUAUUUGCCCCAAUGUAGCAGAGCUGGUGACACUAUAAACUGCAUUGAUGCAAUCAGAGAUGCGGCCAGAGCUUUCAUUUCACCUCCUGUGUUGAUGCCUAGAUCACAGUUGCUAAAUAAUCCACAGGUAAAAGACUUUUUGGAGUGUUUUUUAGGCCAUUGUGUUAGACCAUUCAGCAACUUGAUCCAGUUGUGUGGCCACAAUCGUGCGAGGCAGAGGGAUAAAUUGGCUCAUUUGCUUGAAGAUUUUGCUAACUUGCAAGAUGAAGCCGAACGUGUUGAUGCAUAUUUACAUAGUUUAUCAAAGAAAUGUGAAAAUGUCAGGCCCCAUCUCGCAUGCUUUGGUACUUGGGUUUUAUACCAUACUCUUCGUGUUAUGAUAAUGUUCUUAUUAUCUGGCUUUGAAUUAGAAUUGUAUAGUACCCAUGAAUAUCAUUAUAUUUUUUGGUACCUUUAUGAAUUUCUUUAUGGAUGGCUGGUAUCGUCACUUUCAAGAGCAGAUGCUUUUCUUUCAGAACAAGAAAUGUUGAAUGAGCAGAAUAAAACCAAGAGGAGAUGUAAAUCAAAAUUGAAAAAGAAGACAAGACCAUAUGCAAAGGAAAUAACGAUCAAUCAAGCUCUACAAAAUAUGUGUGGUGGAUACUAUAAGGCAAUGGUAGGUUUUCGUAAAGACGGGAAAUUAGUCUUACCACAUCCUGAAUUCGAUUGUGAAAAAGUUCGAUAUGAGCAUAGAUUUUCUCCAUUUAUUAAUGUACUGCUGACACCACCACCUGUUCAGUAUAGUGAAUUCAAGGAAAUGACUGAUAGUUUGGAGCAUUCAAACAGCCAAAGCUUAUAUUUAGCCGGAUGCAAACAUUUUCAUCAAGCAAGAACACUUUUGGAAUCAAUACACAAUCCAGAUCAAGAAAUAACAGAAUUGAUUCGUAUUUCUAAAACAAACUUCGUUGUGUUGAAAUUACUUGCAACUCAUAAACUAGAUUCCUCCUCUCCAUUAGAUUUUGAUUUUUCUGCCCAUCACCAUUUUCCAAUUAUGAAGAUUUGCUAAGUGUUGAUUUGGUGGUAUCAAUUACAGAAAAUAAGAUAGUACUUGAUAGUAUGUAUAUAAUAAACUGGGUAUUAGCAAUGUAUAUAUAUUUAUGAAGAAUCUGAUUGUAAAUAUGUUAAUAUAUAAUUAAUUUAUUAUAAAAACUAAAUUGCAGAAAAAUGACGUUUUACUGAACAAGUUAAGAUGUAACCAUCAUUUGUUGAAGUAUUUUUAUGUAGAACGAGCAUUGAUACUCUUUCAGUGUAAUUUCAAUGUUUUUUAAUUUAUGCUAGAUGUAA